AUGUCUCCCAAUGACUCAGGCAACGACGGGGCCAUCCACAACAGUACCGAUCACCGCGGUGGAGAUGUCGAGAAACACGAACUCAACCAGGCCCUGCCGCAAGUCGAGUCAGAAUCAGACUCCGAAGACAAAGCCAGAACGAUCCGCGGUCUUCCGUGGCUAAUCGUCUGCAUCUCGCUCUACGUCACCUGUUUCCUCUACGGCCUCGACACGACCAUCGCAGCAGACGUCCAAGGCCCCGUCGUCGAAGCUUUCGGCCACGUCGAGCAGCUCUCCUGGAUCGGCGCCGGCUUCCCCCUCGGCUCCGUCUGCGUCAUCCUCCUGCUGGGAACCCUCUACAACACCUUCAACAUCAAAUGGGUUUUCAUCGCCACCGUCGUCCUCUUCGAAGCGGGCUCUGCCCUCUGCGGCGGCGCCCCGACCAUGAGCGCACUGAUCAUCGGCCGUGUCAUUGCCGGCGCGGGCGGCAGCGGCAUCUACCUCGGCUCGCUGCAGUACUACGCCGUCAUGACUGAAGGGAAGGAACGCGGCUUCUACAUGUCGCUGAUCGGCGUCUUCUGGGGGCUGGGAGCCGUGCUGGGGCCUGUCAUUGGCGGCGCGUUUGCCGUAUCCGCGGCGACAUGGCGCUGGGCUUUCUACAUCAACCUGGUCAUCGGCGCUGUUUCAGCCCCAGCACUGCUGUUCUACCUCCCAGCCAUCCAUCCGCUGCAAGGCGUCAGUAUCCGCGCCCGACUGGCCUCAAUUGACUUCGUCGGUUUUGUCCUGGGCGCCGGCGUCUGGGUCAGCUUCCUGCUGGCCUUCACAAUGGCAGGCAGCCAGUGGCCAUGGUCUGACGGCCGAACCAUCGCGACCUUCGUUGUCUUCGGCGUGGUGCUGGUGCUGUACGCCUUGCAGCAGUACUUCGCCGUCUUCACCACCCCCGCCCGGCGCGCCUUCCCCUGCCAUCUGCUGCGGGACCGCACGCAAGUCCUGCUCUACGUCGUAACGGCCGCCGGGACCACGACGCUCUUCGUCGUCGUGUACUACAUCCCGAUCUACUUCCAAUUCGUCAACAGCGACGGCGCGCUGAUGGCGGCAGUGCGCCUGCUGCCCUUCGUCGUCAUCGCCGUCACCGUCAACCUCGUCUCCGGCGCCUUUCUACACUUCAUCAAGGUCUACAUGGCCAUCUUCGUCAUCGCUGGCGUGUUCCUGGUCGCCGGCGGCGGUCCGCUGGUUGCGUAUCUGGACCCGAGUGCCUCGACCGGAACGAUCUACGGCCUGACCAUCCUCAUCGCCGUAGGUAGCGGACUUUCCAUGGUGACAGGUUAUACGGUCGCGACGUUGACGCUGAAACCCGAGGAUGCGGGCGCGGGGCUGAGCUUGCAGAAUGUGUCGCAGAUCGGCGGGCAGGUCAUUGCGCUUGCUGUCGCAGGGCAGAUUUACCAGUCGACGGCGAUCAGGAACUUGUCGGCUGUGCUGGCAGGCAACGGUUUCUCUGAUAAGGAAGUGAGUGGUGCGGUGGCGGGGGCGCAGAGCACGCUGUUUCAGGAGCUAGAUGGGGAGCUGAGAAACAAGGCGAUUGAGGCUGUGACGGAGGCUAUGCAGAUGACCUUUGUGCUGGUGCCUGUUGCUGGGGGUGUGAUGUUGAUUGCUGCCUUGUGCAUGAAGAGGGAGAAGCUGUUUGGACGGGCUGUUGCUGUCGGUGCGUAG